UGCCAAAGUCAUGCCGGCUGGGUUUCAGCAACUUGGAGGAGAGGUAAUUCUUUCCUUGAGAGCUUCACAUAACUUUAAAGUGCUUUGGAGAGUUUUUAAUAAAAAUAAAUGAUUAAAUUAAAGUAAAAUUAGUUGUGUUGUGCCACAAAAUCCUUUCUGUUUGCUCAUUUUCUUGUGCAGCGCUUAACUUUACCUGGAAAACAUUUGAGUUUAUGAAGUAGCACACACACGAAGAUUCAAGUUAUUUCUCUUCUACGUUAGUUUGACUUAUUUAGUUAAAAAAAAAAUCAAAAUUCGUUAUUAAUUGGUUGAAUAUAGAAGUAAAAAUUAGACUUUUAUGUCAUUAAACAACAGAAUCGUCGCUUACUUAGGGUCCAAAUGAGAAAAUAUAACACAAAACUCUUUGCAGCAUAAAAACUAACAUCAGCUCCGAUCUGAGCGAGCUGAGGCCUUUAUUUAUUCCUGAGCAGUGACCUUGUCCAGCUAAAUACCUGAGUUUACAGGUCAGACCUUUGAGUGCUGUGGGUUCGUCACAGACCGCUGAGUCUGAGUGGUUCAUCACCCUCAUAAACACAGGCAGUGUUGUGUGCUCCUUACAGCUCUGUUUGAGGAAAUAUUUCUAGGUCAGAUAAUUGUGUUUUUAUUAUCUAAGAGUUUUUGACAGUAUGAGAGUGAAACAAAGUAAAGGCAGGAAUACGACGAUGACUCCUGGAACUCCGUCAGACUGUCUGACAGAGCAGGUUGAUGCUGCAGGAAGGUGUGCACCGAUAAAUGUCUUAAACUCAUAACAAGUAAGACAAGGAACAGAACAAUACAAACUAUCAUUGACAUUUUUAUCACUUGAGAGUCACUUUAUCUGAAUAUCUCACCAGUAUGUGCAGAUUUAAUUAUGUUAUGGUGAAAAGUUAAUGAAUUGCAGAGAUUUCAACAAUGUAAAUUACGAUAAAAUCGACUUUGUUAGAAGUGUGCUGGAGCAGAACUGGCCGCCUCAGGUAUUAUACCUUUUCUAGAGCAAGGACAAACUCAAACCGACACACACAACCCCUUUGUUUUGGUUCCUGAAUACUAAACAGCACUUACUUGAAGAACACAAAACAUGACACAGAAACGGUGAAGGUUCUGCACACUGAUGCAACUUUACGUGAUGAACCUUUAAAAUAGAUAACAGAUGGAAAAAAGUGCAUAAUAAUGAACACAGAUGGAAUAAAAAGAAGUUAAUAAGCUGUCUAUCUGCGGUACAUGACGCUCUGUGUGGCCAGCGUGAACCCUCAUCUCCCCAAGGCCCCCCUGUCUGUCACCGUGGAGACAGGUGCCAGUGGCCUGAUGGGAAGUGAAGUAAGGUCAGAGUUCAGGCGUCAUCAGUAAAGAGCAUCGCUGCGGACAUUGUAUCUUAUUAGGAUCACAGUUAUAUAUAGUUGAUGUAAGUGGAGAAGGGCUGAACGCUUAAGCUCUCUUAUUAUCCGCCAUUGUUACAUUUACAUCAAAAUCCCCUCUGCUCUCUGUCUCUCUCACUGUUCUAGGAAUAAUCUAGAUUUUAUACGCUGCUUAACUCUCUUUGUGUGUCUUUAUGUGUGUUUAGACGGUGACUGGAACUUUUGUGCUCUCAGUCUUCACCGCCGUCCUGGGGUCUCUGACGUUUGGGUACAACAUUGGAGUCAUCAAUGCGCCGCAGAAGGUAAAGAAAGACACAGUGUCCAAAAACUAAAAACUGAUGCAGGUUAGUGACACACUCAGUCCAUCUUUACAGCAACAUAAACACUGAAAACUAGGCUGAGUCAGCAUUUCUAAUAUGGUCCAGAUAAAUCAGCCAGCAUAAGAAUUAACUCGCUCACUUGCUAAUGUUACUGUUAACUAGGAAUUAAUGCCUUACUAAUUUAAUCAAUUAACACUUUAAAAUGGUCUCAUAAGCUUAUUUGAGCAUUAGUGUCCUUUUACAUUAGCUAAAGUGUCACCGUGUUAAUUCAGCUUAUACAGCAUGAUGUCUCUCUUUGGAAGUUAAUGAAUUAUUUAGGGAUUUUUAUCGUCUUAAAAUCUGGAAAAAGAACCACCCCCAGUGUGGUACUAUAGGGAGAUAGAUGCUGUUUCAAUAAUGUAAGUGCUAAACCUGUUGUCACGGUUUUGAGUUAAGCAAAAAGGAAAGGGCCCAAAUGCAGAAACAAAAAGAGUUAUCCAAAAUGGACAAAAUAAAAAGCAACAAAAACUUAAUAAGAAUGUCCAACAGAAAAACUCUCAAAGGCAAAAACACAAGAAACAAAAAUCCAAAAUCCAACAAAGGCACUAAAAACUACAUGGAGAUACUGACUAGCAACAAAAAUUCACAAUGAACCAACAAAGAAACAGAGUCGGGAAAACUGAGGAAGUAAAACAAGACUAGAAACACAGGGAAUAAAUAAAUAGAAUAGAAUAGAAUAUUCCUUUAUUGAUCCCCCAUGGGGGAAAUUUUUUUGUCACAGCAGCAUCACAGACAAAGAAAGUGCAAAAAUGCAGUUAUAAAAAUAAAGAUCAUAAUAUUAAGAACUUAAAUAAAUGUAAUAAUUAAGAAAAAAUUUAGGAAAAGGAAAAAGGGAGAAGAAAAAUAAAACUAUAUAUAAUAUAAUACUAUGAAACUACUACAAAAUAAAACUGGAAGCACUGAAAACUGAUAUAAAGAUUAAAACACUGAGAACACGAAGGAACCAGGGUUAGACACAAACUGAAAACUCACAAGACAGGACUACAGGGGAACAGGAACAAUAGCGCACAGAAACACUAGGAAGAAACACACAGAAAAUACACUCAAAAGACCAAAGCCAAACUAAAUACUAGAACAUAUAUCAUGACAUUUGUGAGCCUGAGGCUGCACACUCAUUGAGCUGUCUUUUAUUAACACUGUAAAAGUGUCUGUAUAUAGAUAGAAAUCCCGACUUUCUCCAGCCAUAGAGCAUGUAGCUGCUCAUGUUGCACCCACAGCUCUGUUCCAGCGUUAAGGCAUGCUGGAGUACUGCAUGUGAGAAAUGUACAGUAUGAUUUAUGAUGGCCGGUGUCAAGUUUGAAUCCCGCUCUAUUAUCAGGACUUGAAUAUGCAUGCAGGUCGACAAAGAAAGACAUUUCAAACGAUCUACAUUUUUCCAUUUCAUUCAACACGUUAAUCUGUCGCGUUAGACAUAACAGUAGAGUGUCGUCGGCAUGCUGUGACACUUUCACAGUCAAUCAGAGCCAAUCAACAGGAGCAGAGAGCUCAAGGCCGGGUCAGGUUAGCGCGGUUUCGGACUCGACUGAUGGUGUGCAUCAGGUGUUGAGCCUUGACCCACGAUGCCAAUGUGAUUCAGCUGGCACAGUUUUAAAGAUUUAUAAGACGGAGACCAAAAUAGAAGUUUACCUGUAAGAUUGGAUGUUUUACCUCAACAGUUUGUACGCCAUAACAAUUGAAGUAGCUUUAAUUAGAGACCACCAAUACCUGUUUUCUACAUCUAAAAUAAAUACCUUACCAUACCAGAAAUGUUCUUAAUUUGGCUUUAUAGUUUUUUUUGUUUUUACACUUUCCACUUUCUUUCCUUGACUAAGAGCAGCAUUUUGUUUUUGAUUUUCGUUUUUGUAAAGCUUCUGUGAGGAGUUUUUGAUGAAAUAAGCAUCUGCUGUAUCUCUAUGAUAUCUUUCAGCAAAUGAAACCAUUGAUCACAAGAAUGAUAAUUCUAAUAUUGUAAUUUUUAAUGCCUUUAACAACAUUAGAGUUAUCAUUUUGUCCACAAGGGGCGCCAUACUCAACACAGAUAGAAAGUUCCUUACAGGACCUUUACUAAAGCUUUUGUUAUCAGUCAGAUUUUCCAAGAGGAAAACUUUCUCUGAUGGUAAAUAUUUAUUUAAAAGUUCUGUAUUUCUUUUUUUUUUUACAUUUCAACUGUUCUGUAUGUUUGACAACUUGUACUUAAACUUUAUUCUUGGCUAUCUACCAAGAUUAUUUUGGAAACUUUUCAGGCUUUCCUAGAACCUAAGACCAGGUCAAAUGUCUGUUGCUGUUGUAAUUCAGGUGUCUCCUGUCACCUCUGUGCUCUGUGUAGUUGAUUGAAGAGGAGUAUAAUGCAACAUGGAUCCACCGGUAUGGAAUGCCCAUCCCCUCAGGGACCCUCACCUCCCUCUGGUCUCUGUCCGUGGCCAUCUUCUCCAUUGGCGGCAUGCUGUCCUCGUUCUGUGUGGGCUUCGUCUCUGAAUGGCUCGGCAGGUAAAGACACAAACACAUAUCCAACAUGAGAUUUUAGUCGUUCCUUGUAUUUAAAGAAGGAUUGUUUUCACGAUCAACCCUUCAGUCCGUUGUUAUUCUAAGAAAACCAACGGGGUAGAACACAAAUUAAACUUUUUCUAGACUGUAAAAGUCCCGAUGUUUCCUAAUUCUGCACUUGGUAGGAUAAGUAAACAAUAAAAUCCUCUACAUGGAUCCAAAAUGAAUCCUUAAAUCUCACCAUAUUGCUCAGGAUGUUCCUCGUAGACCCCGUUUUUCCCUUUGCAACCUGAGCUGGGAUGCAAACUGGACAGCAGCCCACCGCUUCCACUGACUGAAAGAGGAGCUUAACAAGCUGGCAGCACUGGGUCAGGAGGGUUGUGUGGUAAAACAGGGGUAUAGAUGUAACGUUCAGCUUGGGUGCAUUAAGGACAAGGUCCUCUUAAAAAAAGCGCAGCACAGCGGAGUGUCUGGCGGCGGCCUCUUUGACCUCUGGGGUCAGAGUGAUCUGGAUGAAGGGAAGUCUGUGGUGCGCAGAAAGAGCUCAUUUCAAACAGUGGACUUUACUGUUUGGUGGAUGAGAGGAAAAAGAUAGGAAGCAGAUUAUUAACAGUUUUAAAAUAAAACUUUUUGAUGCUUAUUAAUUGUUGGAUUUUUCUGUUUCGGUUCAGCUUUUGAAAGUUAAAAAUACUUAAAUUAUUAUUGUAGUGUUUUAUGUAUCCAAUGCAUUGGAGGAUAAUAUGAAUUGACUGUAUUUGGGUUGUUGAGCUUGUUCAGAAAAUGUCAGGUAGAGUUUUAUCUACAAAUCUGCUGUCGCUUUGCCAGAAAUAUGAGGGUUGUGUAACCUUUCUGCAUCAUGUAUGCAUGUGUAUUGAUCAAGUUUGUCAGUGUUUUUGUGUGAUGCUGCCCUCUGCUGGCUGAAGUAUCACUGGAUUUCUUUAGUGGUGUACUGGUGUUUGGUUUAAAGUGAUCACAUCCUAUUUGAAAGUUGAAUUACUACAAAUCUUCCUGUCUGUGUGUUUUCCAGGAGGAAAGCCAUGCUCAUAAACAACUUGUUUGCCUUCAUCGGCGGGAGUCUGAUGGGGUUGUCCAAGCUGUGCCUCUCCUUCGAGAUGAUGAUCAUGGGGCGCUUCAUCAUUGGGGCCUACUGCGGUGAGCAGACAAUAGUUUCCUCACAUAUCAUUCAGGUAUUUUUACUGUAUUUAUUUUAAACUCUCACUCUGUGCAGGGUUAGCGUCAGGUUUGACACCGAUGUACAUAGGUGAGAUCGCUCCCACAAGUCUGAGAGGGGCUCUGGGGACGCUGCAUCAACUGGCCAUUGUGACCGGUAUUCUCAUAGCACAGGUGUGAAACCACAAAAAUGAUUCUUCUUCUUGCUUUUAUCUCCACGUCCCAUAAUAUCAACAAGAACAGUCGUUUUCUACUCUAUCUUUAUCAUCCUUUUGUGUUACGCACUCACUCUCGACUCUCUCCCUCUGCAGAUCCUGGGUCUGGAGGUCUUACUAGGCACGGAAGACUUGUGGCCGAUUCUGCUGGGUGUAACCGUCCUGCCGACUGUCCUUCAGAUGGCUCUGCUCCCUUUCUGUCCAGAGAGUCCGCGCUUCCUCUACAUCGUACGCUGCCAGGAGCACCUCGCCAAAAGAGGUGAGCAGGGCUGGAGCACCGCAGACCAGACGUAGGACAUCUGUAGGGUCUUGGGUCUGGAAUCACAGUUGUUGAGUUCAGAUAUACAUUAGUUUGAAGGCGCUUUUUCACUUUUAAGAACAAUUCGAUUGUGUGUUUACUACCAAAAAAACUUUCCAACACCUACCAAAAUAAGAAAAACUUGGACUCAAGUGGUUUCAAUGACUUUAUGUAACAUUUACGAGGCUGAGUGUACAAGAGUAAACAUCUUGGUAAAACUCAAGAUAACUCCACAAAGCUUUGGGAGUUUCACAAGUUCCUCUUUAAGAAAACAGUGACAGAAACCAAAUUAGAAAUCCUCACCUUUGACUCCUUACACGUCUCCUUUGUGCAGGUCUGAGGAGGUUAACGGGCAAACAGGAGGUGGGCGACAUGCUCGCAGAGAUGAAGGAGGAGAAGCGAAAGAUGGAGAUGGAGAGGAAGGUGUCCAUCCUGGAGCUUUUCCGCUCUCCUCUCUAUCGACAGCCCAUCAUCAUCUCCAUCCUGCUGCAGCUCUCACAGCAGCUCUCUGGGAUCAAUGCGGUGAGUCAGCCGCUCCUGUUUUCACAAAAACUAGAAUCAAUAUGUUUAAAAAAAAGGGAAAUCACUGCAGUUUGAUAUUGACUUAGUCUCAAUUUGUUUACCCCUCUGGACAGAUUUUCUACUACUCCACCAGUAUCUUCCUGAAGGCUGGAGUCCAGAGUCCGGUCUAUGCCACCAUAGGAGCAGGCGUAGUGAACUGCGCCUUCACUGUGGUCUCGGUCAGUAAGCAAACCUACACCUCUACAUCUAAUCCUUAUUAAAGGACACAGAUCUGUUAUGUAACAACGAUUACUGUUUAACAUUUUUUAACUUAGAGCAAAUAAGAUAACAUGACAGGCUGGGAGCUCUUUUCUUCUACCCUCCUCUCAAACGUUCCUGCAGAGAAGUAGGUUAAGUUUGGUUUGGCAGGUCAAGAUGGCUCAGCGCCAGAAAACCUGAUUUUGUUAUAAACACAGAAAUAUUUACCUCAGUUAGAUUAUGUGUAUUUAUUUAGACACAGUACCUACUCUUUUGGGCUGAUAUUCAAGGUUCUAAAGUAAAAUAUUAAUCUCAUUUCUUGUAGCUUGAUGCUAUCACAGCUAGCAUAGAUGACCCUUGACCCAUUAGCAGCAUUAGCGCUACUGGAUUGGUUAAAUGUUUGAUAAAAACAUUUGUACCUGAAUUUGACAAGUUUAAUGCUUGUUCAAAUACAGUAUGUCUAUUAAAGUGUUCACAUACUCAUGAACUUUGACUUUAGAUGAGUUGCUGCACUAGUUCACGAAAGCUAGCAUGCUCCCACUAUGGUCAAAGUAAACUAAAUGUUUAUUGUGAUAGGACAGGUUCAAAUAACCUUACUGCCUGUAACAACUUUGCUUUGCUGUCAUUUGGUUUCUUGUUUGUAAGUUUUCGCUCCAGACUAACCUCUCAUUUCUACCCUAUCAUCUUCAUCCUGUUACCUACAGCUCUUCUUGAUCGAGAGGAUGGGUCGACGGACGCUGCACAUGCUUGGACUUGCUGGGAUGAGCAUCUGCGCAGUCAUCAUGACCACGGCGCUUGCUCUGUUGGUAAGUCCUCCGAACACGCAAGCGUACGGUCAUACGUAUGUUUCUCUACAUGCUCUGAAUGCUCUCGUCUCCCACCUCACAGGACAGUGUCCCUUGGAUGAGCUACAUCAGCAUGCUGGCUAUCUUUGGCUUCGUGGCUUUCUUUGAGGUCGGUCCAGGUCCCAUUCCCUGGUUCUUCGUUGCUGAGCUGUUCUCUCAGGGUCCAAGGCCGGCUGCUAUGGCUGUGGCCGGCUUUUCAAACUGGACUGCCAACUUUAUCAUUGGCAUGUGCUUCCAAUAUGUUGCUGUAAGUCUUUUGUUUCGUAUGUUGUCCAGUUAUUUUCUACAAACUUUGAAGGUCUUCUCAUACCAUCCUCUCUUCUUUUAGGACCUCUGUGGGCCAUACGUCUUCCUCAUCUUCGCCUUCCUUCUUCUCAUUUUCCUCAUCUUCACAUUCUUCCGGGUGCCGGAGACCCGAGGCAAGACCUUUGACCAGAUCUCUGCAAAUUUCCACCUUCGCUCUGCAGGUGGAAUGAUGGACAUGGACCUGGAUAUGGACCUGGACAAGCCUUGCACAGAGCUGGACUAUUUGGGCGACGAAAGUAUCAACUGAAGAGUUCCAGACUGGAGAGGACUGGGACUGAAAACAGUUUGUGGUGAACUGGCUCUAAACUUUUAUAUCUGGUGUACAUCGAGGUCAAUUGUUAUAUUCGUAUAGAGUGUGGUGCCAAAGCAGUGUUAUGAGAAGACAACUUGGGUUUUUUGGAGUAGUCCAUUGCUGGUACCACUGCGAUAUGAGAUUGACAGUUAUGCAUUAAGCCUCAAAAAGGGCUUCAAACCUUUUAAUUAUGAGUUGACUGCUGACUACUGAGUUUGAAGGAAUAAGAUGCAAAUAAGAGAAACACGUCUGGACAGUUGGGGCAUUGACUGCCGGUUUGGUAGGAUUUUAUUCCAUGGUAAUGCAUUCAGUUGCGAUAUUGACAGAGAGAAGGAGGUGGAGAGACUUGGAAUUCCUGCACUUUAUCAACAAAGUUUUUUUUUUUUUAGUUAAAGCACAGAGAUAUACCGCCGUUAUGUGAGGUUUUCCUGUUUUGUACUUAAGCUGGGAGCACUCUGGGUGGGAAAAUCCAACUGAGUUUGACGUUCAAUAUCAACAAGAUCAUGUAACAAAAGCUGGUAAAGACGGUUUAAUACAAUGUGGUGGGUCCAAGUGGUUUAAAGGUUUAAAUCAUAAAACUACUCUCAUAUUACGCUGCAACUCCUGCAGGAUAUUAAUAAACAUUUAACAGUAUUUUUGGACCUAUUUCAAUAUUCCCAUAACUCAAGGUUUGAGAAGUGUGGAGUACUUAAAAUGUCCAGUCAGAUUUAUAUCGUUAAAGCCCCUGUGAGAAACUUUUGAUUUGUAUCGUCUUUGGCGCCCCCCUCUGGACAAAGUAGUUUAUGCUGAUUUUUUUCUUAAAACA